UUGGGCCGCUACGAGGUAAAUAUAUAUUCCAAUGAAUUUGUUUUCAUUACAUCUUUUUAUGGUUUCAAUAGUCCUAGUAAAGGUUAUUACUACAGAACAAGUAGCUACUGCAUUAUUCCAGUAUUACAAAUAAACUUACCGUGUCAUAUUGCCUGUAUUCGCUCAAACGUUUUAAUUACCAUUUUUCGUUUUUCGUUUCAGAUAUAUUUAUCCAUAAUUAUGAUCGUAGUACUCACACUUGUCGACGCAUCAACACUAACUGGAAUACGUAAUCGUAGUUCCAAUGGCGAAAUAUCAGACACAUUUGGUGCAAGGAUGGCUGAUCAAAAGUCAACAGGCCAGACUAAACGAGACACAAGCCUUAGCUAUGCAGCGACGAAUAUCGAUUCCAAGGAGGGAACGCGUGUUAAAACAAUUACCGUAAUUAAAAAUCACAGUGGGAAAAGUAGUGGCAAAUUAGCAAUUAAUCCCGAGUUGCAUAAAAAUGAAGAAUGGGCUAAUGCGUUUCGAGAUAAUUUUGAUACCUACGGUGGUAUACCCGACGUACCAGAUAUAGAUGAUCUAUUUGAUUUUGUGAAAAAGAAAACUAAAAAUGAUGAACAAAAUAAAAAAGAAAUGGCCAACAAGCCAAAGCCCAAAGAUGAAGGCAAAAAAGAGCCGGUAAAGCCUGUUGAAGAGUCCUCGGAAAUUGAGACCACUACACAACCUGUACAAAAGAUAAAAGGCGAUGCUGAAUUAGUGCCAGCGUUGAGGAAGAAUCAAACGAGCGCUCGAUCGCAGUCGCUGGGCAUGGAUAAAGCGCGAACACUAGAGCUAUUAGAUAAUUCAAAUUACACUUCCUCAGAAGAAACUAAAGAUCUAUUUUUUGAGAAAUAUAUAGUAAAAGAGAUUCCCAAGGGCUAUGAUUAUCCCAAACCUUGUCCCAAAGGUGGUAAAAGAGUUGUUAGUAUUACGAAUCCUUCUUCGGGACGUAAAUAUGAUAUACCAGUGGAAGAAGACUUUCCAGAAACACCAUACAUUGCACCUUCUAUAACUAAGAAAAAUCAAUUGCCAGGAUCACAAUCGCUACAGAAUAAUACGCAAAGUUUCACCUCGACUUUUGCGCGACCAAACUUUUCAGUCAACUCCAUUUUGCCACCACUUCAACCGAAUUCGGGAAAUCAGCAAACGCAACCAACACAGCAGCAAGGAGUAGGCUUCUACACAAGUCAGCGUCCAUAUAUUGCGCCUAACUUACGAAACGGCUUAAAUAUUAAUAGCGCAUCGACGUUGCGGCCCUUAUUUAGAAAUGAUAUAACUACAUAUCGUGGAAAUACGUACUUGCUAGGCGCGAAGAGGGUGAAUGCGGCACGUUCACGUGGGCUAAAAUAUUAAUU